AUGAGCUUCUCUUUUUACCUCUCUUUAACCUAUAGCAUUCAAACGAUACUCAUCUUAUUACAAGUCACAACCCUACACAUCAGUAUGGCUGCUAAUACCCUGCGGUACACCACUGAUCAUGUCACUGAAUUUGUGAUAGACAGAGGGUAUGGUGUAAAGGGUCUCUCAGAAACCGGCAUCAAAACCCUUCCCAAACAGUACAUCCAGCCUCUCGAAGAGCGGACUAUGAAUAGGGUUACGGCCGACGAGUCUAUUCCGAUCAUCGAUGUGUCUAAUUGGGACGAUCCCAAAGUGGCGUCGGCAAUAUGUGACGCUGCCGAAAAAUGGGGUUUCUUUCAGAUCAUAAACCACGGUAUCCCCACCCAAGUGCUUGAUAAUCUCAAAGACGCGACAUGUCGGUUCUUUAACUUACCUGCCGAGGAGAAGAACAAGUAUUCGAAAAAGAAUACGGUGUCCAACAAUGUCCUCUACACUACGAGCUUUCUUCCUCAUGUCGAGACGGCUUUGGAAUGGAAAGAUUACCUCAGUCUCUUUUACGUUUCUGAGGAUGAGGCCUCUAAGCUUUGGCCGUCUGUUUGCAAGGAUCAAGUGUUAGAAUACAUGCAUGAGAACGAGAGAGUUAUAAACCGUCUGCUAAGUGUGCUAAUGAAGGGCAUAAAUGUAACUGAAAUCGAUGGUGAAAAGGAAAAGCUUCUGGCGGGUUCAAGGCGGUUUAACCUUAUUUACUAUCCUGUUUGCCCUAAUCCGGAGCUCACCGUGGGAGUUGGGCGCCACUCGGAUGUCUCAACAUUCACUAUUUUGCUGCAAGAUGAUGUCGGAGGGCUUUACGUGCGAGUAGACGGUAAGGACAGUUGGAUCCAUGUUCCGCCGGUAAAAGAAUCUCUUAUUAUCAACGUCGGUGAUGCCCUACAAAUUUUUAGUAAUGGAAGGUAUAAAAGUAUUGAGCAUAGAGUAGUGGCUAAUAAAGAAAAGAAGAGGGUUUCUGUUCCCUUAUUUGUCAAUCCAAGGCCAACAGAUAUCAUCUCUCCCUUGCCUGAAGUGCUCGCUAGUAACGGAGAAAAUCCUCUCUAUAAACCAAUCUUAUACUCGGAUUACGUCAAGCACUUCUUUAGGAAGGCCCACGAUGGAAAGCUCACUAUUGAUUUUGCAAAGAUUUAGGUCAAUGACAUGUAGCGUUGUUUGGAAAAGGGGGGAAAAAAAUAAAUAUGAAUGAGGACUAUUUGUUUGUAGCCAUUAGUUUGUAGCAAUGUGGGAGUGGAUCCAAGGUGAGAUCAUAGAGAUUGGUGGCCAUUAGUUUUGUAGCGUUGUUAGAUCUGCACAGUUGGUGGGGAUUCACAUGGCGGUGGUCGUGUGGACGGCGGCGGUGCGUGGAGCUUACGUGCCGCGACAUGGGCGGCACUUUGACUGCAUCAUGCAUCUCUCAUGCUUUAUUGCUUUCUCUAGUUGCUUUAGCUGAUAUCAAAUUGUUGGAGGUUUUGUCAGUAAUGCUUAGGGAUUUUAUUUUGUCAUUAUUUAUAUUUUGGUUUAUGGUAACGGUGGUUUUUACCUUGAUUAGGUAAUGUAUUUCGCUCUCUCUCUAAA